CGCGGCCUAUAUAACCGCCCUCCCCUUCCCUCCCUCACCUUCCCUUCUCAUCCCAAAACCCCCUGCCAUUACCACCACCUUCCUCUGCCCCUUCCGAAAUCCCCCCCUCUCUCCGCCUGUCCGUCACGACACGACAGGCACGCGCGGCCAUUACCAGGAGCAAGCGGACGCUCUCUCCGUCUCCAGCUCUGCCCUGCUCCGUCCCAAGAAACAGGGGAGCGGGCAGGAGGAGGAGCAGAGGCCGGCGGCGGCGGGCAAUGGGGGAGGAGAUGGGCGCGGGCUGGCCGACGUGGCGCGCGGCGGCGGCGCUGGCCGUGGCGGCGUGGCUGGCGCUGCACGUGGCGGCGCGCGUGGCGGACGCGCUGUGGUGGCGGCCGCGGCGCCUGGAGGCGCACUUCGCGGCGCAGGGGGUGCGCGGCCCACCGUACCGGUUCCUGCUGGGGUCCGUGCGGGAGAUGGUGGCGCUCAUGGCGGAGGCCUCCUCCAAGCCCAUGUCGCCGCCCACCUCCCACAACGCGCUCCCUCGGGUGCUCGCCUUCUACCACUACUGGCGGAAGAUCUACGGGCCGACGUUCUUGAUCUGGUUCGGGCCGACGCCGCGGCUGACGGUGGCGGAGCCGGAGCUGGUGCGGGAGAUCUUCCUCACGCGCGCCGACGCGUUCGACCGCUACGAGGCGCACCCCGUCGUGCGCCAGCUCGAGGGCGACGGCCUCGUCAGCCUCCACGGCGACAAGUGGGCGCUCCACCGCCGCGUCCUCACCGACGCCUUCUACCCGGACAACCUCAACCGGCUGGUGCCCCACGUCGGCAGGUCGGUGGCGGCGCUGGCGGAGAAGUGGUGCGCCAUGGCGGCCGCCGGCGGGAGCGGCGAGGUGGAGGUCGACGUCGCGGAGUGGUUCCAGGCGGUCACGGAGGAGGCCAUCACGCGCGCCACCUUCGGCCGCAGCUACGACGACGGCCGCGCCGUGUUCGCCAUGCAGGGCCGCCUCAUGGCCUUCGCCUCCGAGGCCUUCCGCAAGGUCCUCGUCCCCGGCUACAGGUUCUUGCCGACCAGGAAGAACUGGCAAUCGUGGAAGUUGGACAGGGAGAUACGGCAGAGCCUGACCCGGCUCAUCGCCCGGCGCAGCGACGAGGCCGAGGCAGAGAACAAGGCCGCCGGCGACGGCGGCGCCUUCCGCGACCUCCUCGGCGCCAUGAUCAAUGCCGCCGACAGGAAGACGCGCGCGCCGCCGUCGCCGCCGGCGGCGGCGAUCCCGGUGGAGGACAUGCUGGAGGAAUGCAAGACCUUCUUCUUCGCCGGCAAGCAGACCACCACGAACCUCCUCACCUGGGCCACCGUGCUCCUCGCCAUGCACCCCGAGUGGCAGGAGCGCGCCCGCCGCGAGGUCCUCGACGUCUGCGGCGCCGACGAGCUCCCCUCCAAGGACCACCUCCCCAAGCUCAAGACGCUCGGCAUGAUCAUGAACGAGACCCUGCGGCUGUACCCGCCGGCGGUGGCGACGAUCCGCCGCGCCAUGACCGACGUCCAGCUCUCCGACGGGCGCGUGAUCCCGCGCGACAUGGAGCUGCUCGUCCCGAUCAUGGCCAUCCACCACGACCCGCGGUUCUGGGGCCCCGACGCGGCGCAGUUCAACCCCGCGCGCUUCGCUGGCGGCCCGGCCCGGGCGGCGAAGCACCCGCUCGCCUUCAUCCCCUUCGGCCUCGGCGCCCGGAUGUGCAUCGGCCAGAACCUCGCCCGCCUCGAGGCCAAGCUCACCAUGGCCAUCCUGCUCCAGCUCUUCGAGAUGCGGGCCUCGCCCAACUACGUGCACGCGCCGACGGUCCUGAUGCUUCUCUACCCGCAGUACGGCGCGCCGGUGAUCUUCCGGCCGCGGUCAGCUCAUCGUCCGUCGGAUCCGGCAGCCUCAUAGCCCACCACAGCCAGCUUCUUCCCCAGUGCCCCCCCAAAAAAAAAAACCGUAGGAUAUGUCUAGAAUGACCGAAAUGCCCCUGCCCAGCCACCCCCGUGUAUGUAUAGGCCAAGCGAUACUUCUAAAAGCGAAGAAGCACUAACUUUUUGUCCUAGCCUGCGCCUCGGGCCCCAUCCAGGUUGCCCGGAAAUGCCCUCCUUAACAGACCGGAUCAGGCCCAGCCUUUUUUUUUUUAAGAUUUGAUGACACAAAACGGGGUGGGCCCCACCCCCCUCCUCCCCUUUUUUUUUUGUUCCUCGCCCAUGGCAGCCGGUGUAUGUAUUUUGUAUAGUGGUUUUGUUUGUUCCCGUCUCCUACGCUGGUAGAGACGAAAAUGCAAUGGAGAAAAGAAAUGGAAGAAUUUCUUUCAAAAAAAAAAGAAAUGGAAGGAGAGGAGAUUGAGAUGGCA